AAAAACCCUUGCUACUCAUGCCUUACUCGCACUGUCGUGUGUUAAUUUUUGAUCGGGUAAAUGCGGAUAUGUGACCUUCCCCUUUAAUGACAGCAGUCGGUGCAGGUACAGGAAAUCUGCGGGAGCGGAAAACCCGGGGCGGAUCGAUUGGGGCGAUCAUUCCGUGCGGCAUCUGCGGACACAUCGGAACUUGACCAUCCCGGCUCUGCUCGCACAUCGCUGGCAAUCUGCUUUCUUUUGUCUCCCCUGUGCAGCCAUGGAGUUGGCUUGGUUGCUGCUUCUGCUGGUUGUGUUUUAUGUUGCAUUUCUUUACCGCUUUACCGGCGCUUGGACAAAGGCUGUGGUCCGGGAGAAGGGGAAAGCGGAUUGCUCGCUCCAGUAUGGGCUGAAGGACAUGCCAGCACUACGUCUGUCUGGCCUUUCAUUGAAAAUAAUGGCACAUCUGUCAAACACGAUCUUUGGACAGCUGAUUUUAAUUCCACUGAUCAUGAGGAUAACCAAUCUUACCUUGUUGCGGCACCUAGUUAUUCCAGAAGACCCGGUGUUCAUUCCUAUUGUUGUUCCUGAUGGAAACAGUGAACCACCAAGAGAUAGAACAAGUGACAGUAUUCUAAAUGAAGUUCUACAAUUGAGUAUGACUGAAGAGAGGCUUGGAUUUAGCUUCAACACUAUCUCUGACUUUCUGGAAGGAUACAAGUCAGGUAAGAUAACUCCAACCCAAGUUGCUACGAAUGUAAUAAGUGCUCUAGAAGAUGCUGAUGAAGCCGUUAUACCAUUGCGUGCUAUUGUGCAAUAUGAGGGUCACCUAAUAAUGAAGAUGGCAGAAGCCUCCACUGCUCGAUAUCAAGCUAAUGAGCCUCUGUCCCCACUGGAUGGAAUUCCUGUCUGCUUGAAGGAGGAAAUAAAAGUAGUUCCAUUUCAUCAUCGAGUAGGAACUCUUUAUCUUGGUGAAGAGCGAGAAACUGAGGAUGCUACAAUCACAAGAAAGUUACGGGAGUCUGGAGCAAUUAUUAUUGGUGUAUCCAACAUGCAUGAGCUUGGGUUAGGUGUUACUGGCUGCAACGUCAACAGAUUCCAUGGCGUUCCCAGAAAUCCUUACAAUCUUCGCUGUUUUACUGGAGGGAGCUCCAGUGGUUCAGGGGCAGCUGUAGCAUCUGGUCUUUGCCCGUUGGCGAUUGGGACCGAUGGAGGAGGGUCUAUAAGAAUUCCAGCAGCAUUCUGUGGUGUGGUGGGAUUGAAAGUUACCUUUGGUCGAAUCAGCACCAUUGGGUCAUAUCCUCUUUCCUACUCUACUGUCAGUUUGGGUCCAAUUUGUACAUCUGUAAAAGAUGCAGCUAUAUCUUAUGCAAUUCUGGCAGGUCCAGAUCCUGAUUAUCCAUAUGGUGUUCAACAACCUCCAGUAAACUUCCAUAAUAUUGGAAGUCCUGAUCUGAAGAACAUAAAAAUUGGGAUAGAUUGGAAAUUCUUCAAGGAUUGUGAUACUGAAGUCUUGGAUGUUUGUCAGGAAGCGGUGCAGUACUUAAAAGGUUUUGGUGCAACACUGGUAGACCUACACAUCCCAGAACUGGAGGAGAUAAAAGUUUCCCACACUGUUUGCAUACUGAGUGAGAUACAGCAGGCCUUGCACCUGGAUUUUAAUACUCAAUACAAGAAGAUGAAUCUGGACACCAGAGCAACUUUAGCUCUUGCUUCUAACUUCUCCGUGCUGGAUUACAUACAGGCUAAUCGGCAGCGAUCACGGACUAUGCAGUUCUUAAAAGAAAUCUUUAAUGAUGUGCAAUGCAUCAUCACACCAGCUAUAGCCUGUAUUGCUCUACAUUCUGAACCUUCUGACUUCGUCACAGGGUGCAGUGAUUUUCAAUCCAUGUUCCGCACAGUAAGAUAUAUGCAGCUUGCAAAUUUGACAGGAAUUCCUUCUCUUGUAGUCCCUGUUGGAUACAGCUCCUCCAGGCUACCCAUAAGCCUUCAGAUUAUGGGUAAAUGGUGGGAUGAAGCAAUUCUUUUCCGAGUUGGAAUGAAGGUAGAACAAUUCCGAACUGAAACAAAGAAACCUCAGAUUUAUUAUGAUCUUCUGCAGUGAAGCAUUAAGUUAUCCCCAGCUGUGUGACUGUGUAUUCGUCCUUAUACAUUUCUCUUUGUUGUACUACUUGUCAGCCCUCCUGCUGAGAGAACAGCUUUCGUCUUUUUUUUCUUCUUCCCUUUUACAGAUUACCUGCAGGCUGCUGGCCGUUGAGAAUAAUGCCAAAUUUAUAUGGUAUAUUUACAUGUGCAUAAUAAAUGAACCAAUGCAAAUCAAUUCAAAUACACAAUUCGGGAUUUUGGUUGUAAAUGAAUGCUUCUGCUUUGAGUUGUAAGUUAUUGCAAAGUUGAAACUUGGUACAUAAAAGAAAUGAAGUGUAAAUCAGAAAGUGCUACAAACAGAAAGUGAGCUAGUCAGCAUCUGAGGAAGCACACAAAUUAAUGUUUUGACUGCAGAAAGGUGCACAUGAAACUUUCUUUCCAGAUAAAAUUAGCCUGGAAAUGACCCGGAGUUUUCGGGACUGUGCAACAAGCUUAAAAAAAAAACUAGUUUUUAUUUAAAUUCUUCUUGUUGCAUCACAACUUGGCUAACUGCCAUCAGGUAGAAAAUUAUUUGCUGUUUUUGUUCAUCUUCAGUAACCCAUUUCCAAUGUUUAAACACACUAAUAGUUUUGUCAACCCGAUGUUACUAAGCCAUAGGGGAUUUGAUUUUUGUCUGUCAGAGGGAGAAACUAUUAAUGUUCUGUCCCCAAAAGUGAGAUCUAAAUUCAUAAUAUAUUGAACAGGCAUUAUAAAUAUUUAAUAGGAAAUUAAUUUUGUAACCAAUAUCAAGGCUUUCUGACAAGCCAUUUAAGUUUAAUUGAUAAAACAUUGAAUCGCAUGUCUUCCUUCAUUAUCUUGCAUUUUAAAUUGUACAAUUCUCAUACUUUCAACUGAGUUGUUAAGAUAAGAUAAUUUUGAAGAAAUUUCCUCAAACUUCUAGUUUUGAUGGGGGUGGAAUGACUGUUAUCAGUCUGAUUGUCUAUUACACAUCUUGCCAGGUUUUCCUUUUCAUUGAUAUUAAAAGCAAGAAAAAAAAUCAAAUGGGGCAUCCAACAGGUGAUUAAUCUGUUAUCACCCAUUCUACACUAACGCUGAAAUUGAAAACUCCAGUGAGUGUUGCUGAACAUUGAAGAUAAGUAAUUUUUUAUUAAAUAUUUGAUUAAAUAGAAAUUCCUGUAUUGCGCCUGUAAUUCUUGUUGAUGUUUUGUGUUUUUAACAAUUGCAGUUGUACGAUUGUGUCAUGAGUGACCAAUUACUUGAUUGCACUGUACAUACGAAUCUCCUCCAUUGGAUGCUUUAUUCAAUUGAAUGUUUCAAAUGAAUGUGAUGGAUCCCAUCAGCAUUUUGUAUAUAUUCAGCAACUGUAACUUUGAAAUGUUUUGAUUUUAAUAAAAGAUCUUUUCAACAUCA